AUGGUGUUUUGUAAAAAAAAAAAAAAAAAGAAAAUGGGUUUAGAUCACAAUUGGUUGUUUGCCCGUUGUCUUGUUGUGGUGGUCAUGGUAGCGAUUCUUACGGCAGUUGAAACUUUUUUCCCGUCCAUGUGCCAAUGCGACGACAGUCUACUAGAGACCAGCUGUUCUGGCUCGAAACUCGAUUCGGUGCCCAUCUUGUUGAAUCCUUCGUUUGCCGGACUCGCAUCGCCCACCGUCCUCGAUAUCAGCGCUAAUCGGCUCACUCGACUGACGGAUGACCUGUUCGCCGAACUACCUUCGCUUUUCACGCUCAUCCUCAGUGGCAAUAAAAUUCAAACGGUGGCCAGCGGAGCGUUCAAUUCGCCCCGCAAACGGCACACGCUGCGUCUCGAAGACAAUAAUUUGGGAAACGUCCCUACGGCCGCUCUAGUUCCCCUGGCCGCUGUUUUGCGAUCGUUGUAUCUCCAAAAAAAUCUGAUCGAGACGUUGGAAGACGGAGCGUUCCGUCAUUUUGCCCGUUUACGGCUGUUGGCCCUUAACGACAACGCCAUUGACCGCGUCGAUCCUCUGGCCUUCGACUCGCUCGUUUCGCUCGAUGCGCUGGAUCUCAGUAACAAUCGAUUGGAUGGACCCAUUGAGGCUUUUACGACCGUUUCCCCGUUGACCCAUCUGGAUUUGUCUGGUAAUAUGUGGCGCCAUUUGCCGGCCAACUUCUUGUCCGGCCUGCUGCGUCUCCAGACGCUCAUCGUUUUUUCACAAGACGCGGCCACCAUCACCAAUGGAUCUGUCGUUUCAAUCAUCGCGAGUUAGUUGGUACCACGGUAACGGAAGCAGUGUUAUCUCAAAUAAGUUCCGAGUGAUUGAUCUUUAAAGUCACCGUUAAAGUGAGUAUUGUAUUGGGAGUGUAAUUGUUAAUUCCACGAGGUCGCGAAGCGACCGAAGUGGAAUUUUAAUUAGAGGACUAAUUAAAAUACGAGACUUUAACGGUCUCUAUUUCCCACCCGCCACCCAUUUAAUUAAUCAAUAAAAAAAAAAAAAAAAACAAAAAUUUUAUCUUUUGUUUUUCCUUUCAGAGGUGGCAACAAAAACUUCAAGUACAACCAACGCAGCUAAUCACCGGGUUGUCUUGUUCCAGAGGUCAAGAACUUUUAAGAAUUCAUUCA